GUCGCGACCGCAAUACCGAGCUGCGAUGCUGCGGGAACAUGGCCGUGAAGCCGUCUCCCAGAAGUCACCAUCAGCAGCGUACGCACGGCACCAUGGACGCCACAAUACCAAUCACCGCUUUGGCCUCUAACGUCGACCCUUGGCGGCACCUGCUAUGGAUCUCCACUUCAUCUGCCCAGUCAGAUCUAGGCAUGCAUGCAUCGACGCCCCCUGUCUUGAAGGUUCCUCGCUUCACUACAAUGCUGACCACAUUGCGGUGUGCGACACCGCUCUCACCUUCGUACGCACCACCUUUGUAUGCAAGAGCUACAGACCGACCAUGCAGCAAGUGUAGCUGUCAAACGUGUACGGUAGUGGGCCGAUGUGCAUGCACUAUCCUUCCUGACUAGGCUGACCGGUACCGCAUAUGCAAUCACGCAUGGGCAACAACGACAGCAACAACAGCAUCACGUCUGCAGUGACGAAUGCGCCACCGGCCAGCGCGGAACGACUUGCAAAUUCGAUUACCGGCAAUGACACUCCAUUGCAUCAUGAAGGGUAUCAGCGGUUGCGGCAUCUGAACGUCAGCGGCAUGUCUCCGGAAUCCUCCUCCACUGGCCGGCGACCUUACGUCCACAUCACGCGAUCCUCCCUCAUGCUGCCACACCAGCAGCAGACACCAUCGAACCCCGCCCCCAGGGUCCUCCAGACAUCGAGUCACAAUCGCAUUGAUCGCUACCUUGCCCAACCUUCGGGCUGUCAACAACCAUGUUCAAGACCAUCUUCGUGUCCUCCCCACCGCAUCGAUGCUGUACAAAUGAGCGAAUUCUUCAGAGAUCAGCGUCGAGUACGCUUUCCACGGUGGAGAUCUAGGCGGACCCACGAUAGCACAAGGGACAAGGCAAUACUGAAAACAAAGCCAGUUUCUUCGAUGAGACUCGAAAAAACGCCAGCCUGUAGGCUGGAGACUUGGCUGACCAACACUGAUCGACAUUGAUCCAUUUCAGUCUUCUCUAGUACGCGUAGCAAAAGUCCCUCUCUAGUGCUCACUGCACGUGAACACAACGAGACGGUUACUC